AGUCGCACUCCACCCAGGAACGUUAAGUCAGUGUUUCCUCAACUGCAGGGCGAGGGGUUGGAUUUAAUGAAGUCUAAGUCUCUCCUGGAAACCCCGGGGCCAUUUAUCACGCGCCUACGACGUGUCUAGGGCCGCGAGGGUGCGGAGGGCGAUAUCUCUGGUCACACGAGACGCGAACAUCUCACUCUAACACCUGGUGUGCUGUCGUGCAAAGUGCCACCACCAUGAUACAUGCACACUCGAGUGUGAGCGUCGGAGCAGGCUCCGUGUGUCUUUUUUUUUUUCCCUCCAGAUCCCGGCACCUAGGGCGGUGCGGGAGCGCAGCUGCCGUCGGACCGAGAGUGGCCCAGCGACUGGAUCGGUUUCAGAGCGCGCGUCUGCGGGGCAAGGACCUGGAGGGGAGAGCUCGGCGGAUGGGAGGAGCGGGUGCUGCGGCACCGUCAGGUCACCAGUCACCCGGCGUCGUCCCCAUCUCUCCUCCCCCACCGGGAGACCAGAGCCCCGCGCCCGCCCGCCGUCCCGCACUUUAAAGUCCGGCUGGGCCCGAGCUGGUUUCACUGGAGGCGGGGUCAGCCGGCCCGCCCCAGCCAUUGGCUCUGGAGAACAAAGGGGCCGCCCCGCAGGCUGCUCCGAUAGGGCUAAACUGGUCAUCUGAGAGGCUCAGCCAAUCAGAUGGCGGAGCAGUCCCCGAGAAGACCGGGCCCGCCAGCCAAUCAGGGGCGCGGGCCCGCCCCGCCCGCCCCGGGACUGGCGGGGCCCGGGGAGCGCAGUGCCCAAGUCGCCCCGGGGUGGCAGUUCCCGUUAACCUUAGCCACAAAGUCAAAGGAAAUUUGCUAUGAGUCUGGAUGGCGGAUGGAUUGGAGAGCAAGGUGAGCUGUAAUAUGGGUGCUGCUUCCAGGUGAGCUGAAGCUUGUAGCCGCUGCAGGUGUUGGAGGUAUUAAAACAGCACUAGUACGAUUUAGUAGCCUGUGAACUGUGAGGGCUGCACUCUGCAGUAUUGAAAGGUGGUUAGAGUUUUGAGAGGCCUGCAGAGUCCCCACUGGAGGGGCAAGGGAUGCCUAGAGCAAAGUGUAGAGCUGGUCUAUGCACCCCUUGGUGCAAGCUUACCCGUUGGUGAGGGGUAAGCUGUGGAAUCUCAGGUUUCCUAGGAUGGGGGUGGCCUGCAGGGAAGUAGCAGACAAGCUGUGCAGGAGACCUGAGCUCUAACUCAUCCAAAAAGGGGGAAACUCUCCUUAUCCUUGUCAUGCUCCUGUGAAUACAGUGAGGGAUGGAAAAGUGUUUAUGAAUUAAAAUGUGAUAACUGUUCAGAGUGCUGUUAGCAGCUGGUUUUAUCCCUUGUCUUCGGUCAGGUAACUGGGGUCCCCAAACCCUGGCAGGUGCUUGAGUCUUGGACUGGGGGCAGAAGAAUAUGGUGCUCCUCUGUCUUCUGAAGGGAGAUGGACGGCCAGGUGGGGAGCCAGGCUGAUGCAGACGGGCCUCCGGGGAUGGAGAAGGGCCUGGCUGGCAGCACAGGAGAUGGGCUGGUGAUGAAGAUCAAGCAGGAGAAGCCCGAGUGGCUGCUGCAGACGCAGGCCGUGCUUUCGCAGAAGGAUAAGGAGAACAUUUUCCGGCCCCGUCGGGUCCCCCCAUCAUGCCAGACGGCGGUGGGGAAGUCUCGAGCCUGGGGGCGCCCGGACGAGACUGGGGGUCCAAGGUGGGCCCCUCCCUCUGAGCAGGACGUGGGGCCGGCAGACCGGGCUCCAAGGGCGGCCCCCGGCCCCCUGAGCCCGGCUCUUCCUGCUGGCGAGGGUCACUUCGUGUGCCCGGACUGCGGGAAGAGGUUCAGCUGGUGGUCGUCGCUGAAGAUCCACCAGCGCACGCACACGGGCGAGAAGCCGUACCCGUGCGGCAAGUGUGGCAAGAGCUUCAGCCAGAAGCCCAACCUGGCGCGCCACCAGAGGCACCACACGGGCGAGCGGCCUUUCUGCUGCCCCGAGUGCGCCCGGUGCUUCAGCCAGAAGCAGCACCUGCUCAAGCACCAGAAGACCCACUCCCGGCCCGCCACCCACCCGUGCCCCGAGUGCGCGCGCUGCUUCCGCCACCAGGUGGGCCUGCGCAUUCACCAGCGCGCGCACGCGCGGGACGGCCAGGGCCCCCGCGCCGGGUUGCAGGCGCUGCGGCGGGACACCGCAGCCCCCCGGGCCCGGCGCCCGCGGCCGGGGCCCCAGCGGGGGCGCCCCGAGUGGGCUUGGCUGGGGCUCGGCCAGGGCUGGUGGCGCCCGCCAGGGGCCCGACCCGCCGCCCCCGGAGAGCCACGCCAGUUCAUCUGCAACGAGUGCGGCAAGAGCUUCACGUGGUGGUCGUCGCUGAACAUCCACCAGCGCAUCCACACGGGCGAGCGGCCCUACCCCUGUCCCGAGUGCGGCCGCCGCUUCAGCCAGAAGCCCAACCUGACGCGCCACCUGCGCAACCACACGGGCGAGCGGCCGCACCCCUGCGCGCACUGCGGCCGCCGCUUCCGCCAGAAGCAGCACCUGCUGAAGCACCAGCGCACGCACCAGCCCGGCGCCCGGGCCGCGCCCCGCCCCGGCCGCGCCGCGCUGCGGGCCCACCCUCGCGCGCGCCCCGCCGCCCCCGCCCCGCCGCCCGCCCAAGCCGUCUCUGGCCUGUCGCCGCCGCCCCGGGGCCCCUCGCCCGCUCGGGGACCCGGGGACCUGCCGUGGGGCCGGGCGCGGGCCGGGGCGCCGGGUGAGCCACGCCAGUUCAUCUGCAACGAGUGCGGCAAGAGCUUCUCGUGGUGGUCGGCCCUCACCAUCCACCAGCGCAUCCACACGGGCGAGCGGCCCUACCCCUGUCCCGAGUGCGGCCGCCGCUUCAGCCAGAAGCCCAACCUGACGCGCCACCGGCGCAACCACACGGGCGAGCGGCCCUACCUGUGCGCUUCCUGCGGCCGCGGCUUCAGCCAGAAGCAGCACCUGCUCAAGCACCAGCGCGUUCACCUGGGGGCUCUGGCGCCUACCCUCAGCGCCAAGGGAGACGCGCUCUAGUGAGGCUGGACCAACGCAGGCCCGUGGGCGGGGUGGGAGGAGGCUUGCCUGGUGCUUGUGGGCGAGUGACCAGGAAUGGUGACGCUUAGAACCUUAGGGGCUGAGACCCUCUCCAAAGAUGCCUUCCUCAAGGCUCCGAGACCUGACAACAAAUUCCUGGAGCAUCCCAAAAAGGGGAUCGGGAAAAGUCCUGGGAAGGGCCGAAGGCAGAAGUAAGAUCACAUCCCUCACUGUGGAGCCUGGAUGUGUCCUUCCUGGGAGGUGGGACCUCAGCUCUCAGGCACUGAGUGAGGGGGCUGUCGGAGGCCCUGGGUGAGGUGGCCCAAGUCUGGACUGGUCAGCUGUGGCCGUCCAGGGUCCAUCCCUGGGGAGGAGUCUCAACAAACUGAGCGAUACCCAGAUGGGAGCUAGAAGCUGCAGCUGGGGAGGGGCAAGCAUGUGCCCAGUGUGAAGCCAGCGCCCAGCACUUAAUGGCCACUCAGUACAUGUGCUAGGAAGGCGUGAAUGGCUUGGUGGCCCUCAACCCUGAGUACCCCACUGCCCUGGGUGCUAUCGUGGGCGGCCUGAGCCUAGGACUGGAUUGUGUGUGUGUGUGUGAUGGUCACGGCUGGGACUUGGAGGGUGGUCUCACUGGGGUUUGGUUCCUUGGGGAGGGCCCUGCAGAGGGAGAGCACCCAACGUGCUGCUCCCGCUCAGGGGGCGCUACCUGGGACCCUUAUUGAUGCUGAUGUCGCAGAAGAGAGAAAUGAAGGGCUGCCUGCCUCA